UAUCCCCCUGAUUUUGAGUUUUCUGGUUCCGGCGGCCUCCCAGACCUGCGAGCAGACAGACUGUGUCCUUAGUGCGUGGGGCACCUGGUCUGUUUGCACGGUCACGUGCGGAGAGGACGGUACGCGACGUCGGGAGCAGCUCGUGCUGCGGGAAGCGGCCUGUGGCGGAAUGUGCCCGGAUUCGCUCUUCGAGAUGGAGGAGUGCAACAGACACUGCUGUCCGGUGGACUGCCAGUACACGCCUUGGUCCAAGUGGGGGAUGUGCUACUGCACGUCAGACGGGUGCGGCGGCGGCGGGGAGCGGUACAACUGUCGGCGGUCACGGCAGCUGGUGAUGAACGCCUCCUGUGGCGGCUACUGUGACGACGUCAGCGUUCAGGAGGAGUGUGGCCUCCUCUGCUGCUACCGCGAUUGCGUCACUGGUCCUUGGUCUGCGUGGACGGCGUGUGAAGCUAAAUGCGAGCAGAUAGGAACAAAAAAGCGGACGCGGGUGGUAGAUCAGCAUGCGGAGUGUGAGGGGGAGCCGUGCCUAUUGCUGGAGGAAGUGGCGGCAUGUACGGGUACUUGCUGUCCCGUAGAUUGCGUGCUCGGCGCCUGGAGCAAGUGGUCCGCAUGCAACACCACGUGCGGGGAAGGUGCGCAAAACCGCACACGGUUCGUGCAACAAGCGGCAUGUGGCGGACAGGCGUGUGGGGAGGAACCGGUGUCGUUGGAGACCCGGUACUGCUCUCAGUAUAUAAGCACAAACUGUACGUUAUCUACAUGGUCCGCUUGGUCCGGGUGCAUUCUUGCAAACGGUUUUUGUGGUGAAGGAAGAAAGACUCGCACGCGACUCAUGAUGUCAACACCGUCGUGUCAGGGGACGCCGUGCGGUGCAUUGAUAGAAACGGGGCUGUGUUAUGGCCCCUGUUGCCGCCGUGACUGCCAUGUUUCUUCCUGGACGGACUGGGGAUCCUGCUCCGCCUCAUGUGGCCAGGGAAUAAGUAAUAAAACACGACGAGUUACACAGUCGACUGACUGCGGAGGAACGAGAUGCCCGUCACUCCUUGAAACACGUGACUGUCUGGUUACCGAGGUGAUAGAUUGUUCUUUCACCGCCUGGAGCCCGUGGACUGCUUGCAAUACGGACUGCGGAGAGGGUGUGGCUACCAGAUCCCGUUCGCUGAUAAGCCCCGCCUACUGUGGCGGGAAAUGUAUGAGCGAAGGACUCGUUGAAGAGAAGUCGUGUGAAUCGUACGCUGCAAAACAAGAUUGCAAAGCGUCUGACUGGUCAGAGUGGGGUGAUUGUUUGAGGGACUGUGAGCGAGGAAGGCAGACCCGCAACAGGACCAUGAUCGCCAACCCGUCCUGUGGAGGCGCCGUUUGUCCAGACCUCACCGAGACGCGACCAUGUCACGAGCCUUGUGAGCAGUUAUGUAACGGCGGUGUCUGCCUGUGUCGUCAGGGGUACACAUUGAACGCGGACCACGUGACGUGCACGGUGAUCACGUGCGUGGAGCCAGCCCUGGACUACUGCCCACCCACGCACCGAUACCUCAUCGACUGUCAGUACCCGAAACUGCAAUGUAGCCAGGGUCUGACGUAUAAUAAGACGUGCGCAAUAUUUUGCAAGUUAACUGGAUGGACGUUGAAAGGAGGCGUGGCCGAUAUUCGCUGUCAGCAGAAUGCGACGUGGACGCAGCCCAAGAUGUAUUGCGUGCGACCAAACAACGCCCCACUAAGAGUCGAGAUAGACCGGACGCAUAUCGACGAGAACAAGCCGGCGGCCACAUGUUUCGCCUACCUAAGCACGGCGACGACGGACGGUGAGCAGUUUGAGCGGCACACGUACGCGGUCGUAGAGGACCCCACGGGCCGGCUGCACGUUAAAGACAACCGCGUCUGUCUCAGUCGCGACUCAGACUAUGAGGAAACACCACAAGAGUGGGACGUCGUAUUCCGUAGCACGGACAUCGAGGGACUGUGGGUGGAUACGACCAUCACCUUUCACACCGUCAACCACAACGACCCACCCGUCUCUGUUAAGUUGGUGCCUGACACGCUACCCGAGAACAGCCCUGCAGGGACGGAGGUUGGUUGUCUGGAAGGGCAUGACGAUGACCCGGGCCAAAACAUCACCUUCACUCUUGUCAGCUCAGAUCUUGCGUUCCACAUAGAGACAGACACCCGGGGCAGACAGUGUCUUCAGCUGGUAAAAGACUCUGGCUCUCUGUGUACGAUAGAAGGCGGGAACAACUGUUUUCUCAACUUUGAGAAACAGGCGGUGCACGUGAUCACUGUGCUGGCCGUGGACGACGGGACUCCUCCCAAGUCUGCGUAUUACGAAGUUAAUAUUUACUUGUCCGACGUGAAUGACAAACAGACAGCGGUCAGUACGAAACCAGCAUGGAUACCAGAAGAAAUUUCACCGGGAGAGCCGCUUGUAACUAUGGUGACAGUAGACGAGGACCUCGGCCAGACGUACACAUACCGCAUGCUGGAUGACGCCGGGGGCCUCUUUCGCUUGGUUGGGGACUCCUUGGUAGCCACACGUAGGUUUGACUUCGAGACGGAGAAACAAUUGGAUUUUAUCGUAGUCGUCGAGUCAGUUGAUGAUACAAACCCGGAGUUCAGGGUAACAUCGAACAUCACUUUAACAGUUGGAGACAUAAAUGAGGCGCCGUUUGAACUAGAACUGCUAUCGUUGAAUGGACUUCGAAGUUUUUCAAAGAACCAGCCAUCUGUGGAAGAAAAUAUUGUCGGCGUGUUCGGAACGGUCACUGUUAAGGACUACGACGCCAAAGACCACGUUACCAUAGUUAUGGAUUCGAACGACGGCAUGGUGGAUCGCUUAUCCUUAGGAGAGACAUACUGCUCUUCAUUGCCGAGCCUGAACGUAUUUUGCACAGCUCGGAUUGACAUUGUGAAACCUUUUAACUUCGAGCACACGAAAGUAACAUGGAUUGUUCUACACGCUGUUGACGGGAUGCGUGCUAACACGACAUUGAACUUGACACUCUCUGUAGUUGACAAGAAUGAUCCUCCAUCGGGUAUCUUAUUGAACGGACGCCCGGACACGGUCUUUUCCAUAGCUGAAAACAUGAUGGACCAGGUGGUUAGCAAACUAUCGGCGGUGGACGAGGAUGAGUCCGAUCAGCACACGUUUGUUGUGGAACAAGGACCUCCUGGUCUCUUCACAGUGUUGGGUGACACACUCAAGACAACUGCUACUGCGCGCUUAAACUACGAGCGAACACAGUUUUAUAAGCUGCAUAUCAGGUGCACGGACUCAGGCAACCCGCCGAUGUUUGCACUAUUCGACGUUACCAUCAACGUCACCGACAUCAACGAAAUCCCAACUGCUACGUCUCUCACAAAUGACAAGGUAGAGGAGAACAGUGUCGCCGGGACCUUGGUCGGUGAGCUUGUUACAGAAGAUCCCGAUAACGAACUAGAACCACGACAGAACUUCACAUACACUUUGCCGGACGACUCCAACGGCCGAUUCUACUUGUCCGGGAACAAGCUUUUGGUGAAAGAGGCGGUCCAGUGGUGUGGGGCGGUAAGAUGCACGUUAAACCACGAGCUACAAUCCUCCCUACAGGUGUCCGUCAUAACUAUGGAUACUGGCACACCAAAGAAGACCAGGACAGACAAGUUCACCAUCCAAGUCCUAGAUGUCAACGAUCCGCCCACACAUAUCAAAUUGAACUUAGAUUUGGUGAAGGAGAAUGAACCGACGUCAACAGUUAUUGGAAACUUCAGCGCUGAAGAUGAAGAUGGAAAGGACAAAGUGUCAUUUUCUCUGGUAGACAACUCAGAUGUUUUUGUAAUUUUAAACGGCUUUACGCUUACAACAAAGAUUUCACUGGAUUAUGAGAGACUCAAAAGUUACUGGGUCACUAUUCAAGCAUCGGACACCAACACUCCACCCGGCAUUAGUGAAGAGGUGAUGAAAAUCUCUGUAAUUGACGAAAACGAGACGCCAAUCUUUAUGAACAUGCAGACCACUAUAAAUCUGCCCGAGGACGUGCAGGUGGGCGAGCCUCUCAAAGCUUUCAGGAUCUCAGAUCCCGACAGCUGGGAUACUCUAAAGAGCACGAUUGUAGACGAGACUGAUACUUUUAGCAUUACCGACCUUAACUGCAGCACAACACUGAUUUCAGGUUCAACAGAUUGUGAGUUUAACCUUGUUCUUCAAAAGCGUCUGAAUUUCGAGAUAAAGCAGAGCUAUCAGUUAACUCUGUAUGUUUCUGACAAACAAGGACUGUCAUCGUCAUCUAGCUUGGUUGUGACAGUUGAAGAUGUCAACCUUGCACCGGAGGACAUAACUGUAGACGGAGUACAAACAGAUAGCAUCAUCAUAAAAGAAAACUCUCAAGGAGAAGUUGUUGCCACUUUGGAAGCUAUUGAUAUGGACAAAGACCAGACGCAUGCGUUUACAAUUGCGUCUUCCUCAGAUAUGAUUAAAGCAGUAUUUCAAAUAAUCGCCAAUGGAUUAAUGGUCCAGCAAAAUUCAUCGCUGGACUACGAGGUCCUCCAAAGCGAGGAGUUGACAAUGAACGUGACUGUGACCGACUCGGGUUUGCCACCACAAACGAUAAGCAAAUUUUUCAAAGUGAUUGUAGAAGAUGUGAACGAAGCACCGACCGAAUUACGCAUCACCAACAACGAAGUAUCCGAGGAAGCUGUGAUACAUACGUCAGUUGGUACCCUCUUAGUAACAGAUGACGAUCUAGAUCAAACGUACACGUUUGAAAUUCUCGGAAGUGGGGUAUUCAUAAUUGACGGAAACGAUCUUGUGGUGAACAACGCGUUGAACUUUGAGAAGUCCAAAUCACACGAAAUACUUGUCGAAGUGACAGAUUCUGGGACACCGCCACGCUCUCGGGUGUUUGACAUACAAAUUAACAUUACUGAUGUAAACGAACCACCUACAAACAUCACAAUCAGUAAAAAUGUUGUUCCCCUUGAUUCACCUGCUGGAACGGUGAUCGGCACAUUGAGAGUGAUUGACGAAGAUGAAGACCAGUUGCACUCAUUUGAGUCGGUUGGCUCAGGAGAGAUAUUUGGUGUGAGCGAGAAUGGAGAACUUGUCGUUGUCAACCUGGACGGUUUAGCUGUUGGAGAAAUUGUCGAAAUUGAAAUUAAAGUAACGGAUGACGGAAAUCCUCCUAUGUCGGUUAGGGAAGUUUUAAAAAUACAGAUUGAAAACAUUGCCACGGACAUACUCCUUACUUCUAAAAACACAGAAUUCCAAUUUGAAAAUAACAAUGUACAAAUACCCGAAAGAAUACCAGUUGAAACACAAGUGGCAUCUGUCGAACUCACUUCUAACGCUUAUGGAGACAUCCUCAUUUCCGUUGUGGAAGGUUCUGAAUUGUUCGUGAUAACUGACAUUCAGUGUACUGUGGUUGCAGACGAAACGGAAUGUACAGCUUCGCUUAUGUCUAAUGCUCCAAUCGAUUUUGAAGCUACCUCUACAAUAAAUUUAGCAUUGAGAUAUAACGUAAAUGGUAAAGAUAUGGGCGUAUACCAGUUUGUUAUUAACGUCAUGGACACAAAUGACCCGCCUGAGGAUAUUAUGUUUAGCCUGACCAAAAUACAAGUAAAGGAGAACUCUCAGAAUGAUUUUAUUGGUAGAUUCACGGUUAAAGAUCAAGAUCAAUUAGAUAAACACAGUUUCCGUGUUGCGGAAAGCGAUCACCUUAAGGUUUCUUCGGAUGGAAAUCUGUUCACAUCUCCAGAGGCAGUUUUGGACUAUGAAGACUCAACUAGACUCGCGUUAACUGUCACUGUUUCCGACAGUGGAAAUCUUACUUUAUCGAAGGCAUUCGACGUCAUUGUGCUAGACGUAAAUGAUAUACCAACCAAGCUUUCUCUGACAAAUAACGAAAUUAAAGAAGGGGCUUCCAGCGGUACAGACAUAGGGGAUUUUAUAGUUGAAGAUGAGGAUGAGAGUCAGAACUUUUCUUUGCAUCUUUUACGUUUCAACAAUAUUUUCAAAAUUGAGAACAUUACCUUAAAGGUAAACGCAGAUGGUAUGAAUUGCACAAAAGCAAUGAACUGUGCACUUGAUUUUGAAACGAAAUCUUCAUAUGAUUUGCAAGUGAACGUGACUGAUAAUGGACAGCCCAGCAUUUACAAAAUAUUCAACGUUACUGUAAACGUCGUGGAUGUGAAUGACCCACCAAGAAACAUAUUUUUGAAUUCAACUAUUAUAAAUGAAAAUACCCCUAUUGAAAGUUUCGUUGCUCAAAUAUACUCGUACGAUGACGAUGCUGGACAACAGCAUACAUUCAGCGUUGUUGGAUCAGAUGAGUUUGUGGCUGUUGGUGCACAUCUUAUCACUAAUGCUUUGUUCAAUUAUGAAGCUCAGUGGAUAUAUAUUGUAAACUUGACAGCAACAGAUGACGGAGAUCCUAAACUAACGACAUGGACAACGUUCGAAAUCAAAGUAAAAAACGUAAAUGAGCCACCGUUUGAUCUAUCAGUUCGCGCAACGUCGGAGAGCAAAUACGAUUUUAAAGUAGAUUCACCAGUUAUAGACGAGAAUGUACCCUCUUUAACAUACAUCGGCGAAGUGUUGGCGUUUGACGAAGAUGAUGAUGACACGUUGCGGUUCGAAGCAAUGUCGUCACAUGUAGUUAUUCGAAAUCAACAGUGUAUCUCUACUGCAAAGGGAACGCGUUGCCGAGGGGAUAUGCGGUCUUCUCAUAUAUUUGACUUCGAAAAAGAGCAAGCUAUUGCAAUACAAUUACUCGUUACCGACAGUAGAGGGUUGCAAAAUGAACAAGAAGUUACCCUGAAGAUGGAAAAUACCAAUGACCAACCGACGAAUAUACUUAUAGACGGUUCAAAUGUUUCUCUCGUGCACUGUCCGGAGAACACAAAGAGCGCUGUCUUGGGAAGCUUGACAGCUGAGGAUGAAGAAGACGGACAAAGUUAUUCGUUUACACUCAUCGGUGAACAGUCGUUCUUCUACAUUGCAGACGCUAAGCUUUGGGUUACUUCAGCUGCAAAUUUAGACUAUGAAAAACAAUCGAUAUAUUCGCUGACCAUUCGUGUAACGGACAACGGAAUACCAAUAGCAGUUUUCGAUAAAGCAUUUAUCAUUCAGCUUACGGAUGAAAACGAGAGUCCAACGAAUUUGUAUUUAAACAAUACUAAAGUUUCCGAACUGGCAGUUUCAGGUGAUAUGAUAGGUCAGUUUUACGUCGAAGACCCUGACAAGGACAAUGAAGAUCAUGAGAUACGCAUUUUAGAUGAAAGCGUGUCAAAGUUUGAAAUAAAGAAACAUUUAUUAGUAGUAAAAGACGGGUCGUUCGACUACGAGAAUACGAAUAUGUACAGUGUUAUGUUUGAUGUGAUUGACAAAGGCAAUCCUCCGAUGUCAGCUACCUUUACCAUCAGUGUAGAAGUUACGGAUGCCAAUGAACCUCCUGAACAACUUAAAUUCUCAGGAAAUGAAAUAGAAGAAAACGUAGCAAUUGGAACCAGCGUCGGCGUUUUCUCUGCUAGAGACCCCGAUAUCGGACAGUCUUUAACGUUUUCCAUUGACGGGGUCAAUGGAUCUCUCUCUGUGAAUGGCGUAGAUCUUAUUGUUUCGGGAAAUAUAGAUUUUGAAGCAAACAGUGUUCUGAAGUUCAACGCAACUGUUUACGACGACGGAGCACAGACUAUGUUUAUUAAGAAGGAAUUUAUCAUUCCGAUUCUUGAUGUAAACGAAGCACCAAAUAAAAUUCGCAACCUUACUGUUUUGGAAAUAUUAGAAAGUUCAACAGUAUCGACUGUUAUUGCUACUUUCGAAAUAAGCGAUCCUGAUUCAGUGGAAAGAAUCACAGCAAAAAUAAUCAAGGGGGAGAACAUAUUUGAUACUUCUGGAUUGCAAUGUAAAGAAACUUUAGGGAGCUCGGUAUGUGUUGUGUCGGUGCACUUAAAGAAACAGCUUGAUUUUGAAACAAACAAAGGGCCAACACCGCUGGAAUUUGAAGUAGAAGACAAAGGCGGGCUGACUUUUCGAAAAACCUUUUAUUUCAAUGUGACUAACGCAAAUGAGCCUCCAAAGGAUAUCAUCAUCGAUACUGAGAUUGUUGGUAUUCCCGAGAAUUCUCCACACUUCGUCGUAGGGUCGUUAGUGUCAAUUGAUGACGACGAAAACGAUAAGCAUACAUAUCAGGUUAUAACUUUCUGGGAAAGCUUUACUACCGUAGGUAACAAACUUGUUACAAAAGUUCCGUUUGAUUACGAGAAAAAGCCAGUUUAUGAACUGAUGAUAAGAUCAACGGACAAUGGUAAUCCACGAAUGUCAUUUGCGAAGCAAUUUGUCAUUAACGUGACGGAUGUUAAUGAAGAACCAGAAGAUAUUUUAGUAUCACCGAUGAAGAUUAAGCGGAAUGCAAAAGUAGGUGAGACUGUCGGUGUUUUCACCGUCAUCGAUCCAGAUAAUGUAAGACGAGAAGGAUUUCAGACGCACAUCUGCACUCUUGCAUCUUCGGAAUGGCUUCAGAUUCCACAAAACAAACUGCAUUUCACUAUAAACAAGGAAAUUCCACCAGACGCAGGAACCAUCUCUAUAACAAUAACGUGCACAGACAAUGGGACACCACCUUUAUUCUUGACACAAGAGUUUAAUCUGGAAAUUGUUGAUAGAGUCAUUCCACCAAAAGAGAUUGUUGUCUUGAAUUUAGACGGCGGACAAACACUUCUUGUAUCAGAGAAUGAAAAUAAAAUAAUCGUAGGGAGUAUUGGUGUUGUAAAUCAACUUACCAAAGAACCUUCGAAAGAGGAAUUCGUUUUUGAGCUUGAGGAGACCACGAUAUUUACGAUUGACGACACUACGCUUGUGUUGAAAGACGAGCUUGACUUUGAAUCUUUUCCAGAAAUCACUGUUACAAUAUUUGCUAGAGACGCUGGUACAAAUGGUGAUUCGUUAAAUAUUUCAGGCAGUUUUAAGAUAAACGUAAUGGAUGUAAAUGAAGCGCCGUAUGGAAUAGAGCUCCAGGGAGUCCAAUCAGUACCAGAAAACUCAUUACAGGGAUUUGCAAUAGGAGUUCUUUAUACAUUUGACCAUGAAAACUAUCAAACAUACGCAUACAGAAUAUCGGGAGUCAGUUACGGUUUUUCAGUCGAUGAAAAUGACCAGGACAUAUUUGAUACAUUUUCUAUUGAGGGGAGCAUCUUAAAAGUUGGAAGCGGGUACCAGAACAUUGAUUAUGAGCUUAGCGACAUUAUCUCGGUAUUGUUAGAAACAACAGAUUCCGGUGAGCCAGAGUAUACUUUGAGGGAAGUUAUUCAUCUGAAGAUAGAAGACACAAACGAUCCACCGACUGAGAUUCAGCUGACACAGAAUAUUAUAGUUGAAAAUAGUCCGGAGGGAACUGUCAUUGGAACACUCGUAAUCACGGACCCAGAUAUUGGUCAGGAUCACAUUUGUGAGAUUAUAAAUCUUAUCGACGUUCCAUUUAAGAUUGUUGAUUCAAAAACGCUGGCUUUGUCAUCACAAACGGUCGAUUUUGAGAGACAAAAUACCUACAAUGUAAUGAUAAUGUGCAGUGAUGUGGCUGAAAAUAGUACAAGACUUCAUGUGUCAAAAUCAUUUACCAUAAAUGUUCAAAAUGUCAAUGAGCCUCCAACCAAUAUAACACUUUCGUCAUAUAAAGUGGAGGAAACUAAUACAGAAGGUCAAACAAUAGGAGAGAUCCGAGCAAUGGACUUGGACAGCAACUUGAUAUCGUUUUCAUUGGAUCCGCAGAGUGACAGAGGGUUUGAAAUAAAAGGGGAUGCAACUUUGAUAGCACCUUUGGGGUUAGAUUAUGAAACGAAGCGAUUCCAUAGUAUAGUUAUAGUUGCUGAAGAUGAAGAAGGGCAAUUUGCUACGAUGAACUUCGAAAUAGAGGUUUUAGACGUAAACGAAACCCCCCUUAACAUCACAUUAAGUAAAACGCAUGUUGGUGAGCACGCGAAGCACGGAGAAAAUAUUGGAAUUUUAUCCACGGUCGACCCAGACUUCGGCCAGACUUUCACAUACAGUCUUAAUCAAAUUACGUUAUCAGAAGGCAAAGUGGAAAUACAAAGAAAUCAGCUAAAUAUCGGUGAGAAUGGAUUAGACUUUGAAACUUCGGAUACUAUCAGAAUAACUAUUCGGUCUACGGACAACGGAAUUCCACCUGAAUAUAAAGAAAUUGACUUCACCAUACACAUCAUUGACGAAAAUGAUCCACCUUCUGGCAUCAUUGUUGGACAAGUUUUGCCUGUAUCAGAAGAUACAAGUCCGCAUACAACUAUCCUGACAUUCGAAGUCGAAGAUUCGGAUGUCAACCAAACCCAUUCUUGCUUUAUAAAAGGAGAUGGAAACUAUUUUCUCGUAACCAUUAAAACGAGUGGACCUAUGGGUUUAUUACUUACUAAUGAACUUGAUUACGAGGAAAAUAAUGAAUAUCAGGUUAUCAUUGCUUGCAGUGACGGAGAGUACGAAAUAACGAAGAAUAUAACUAUACAAGUUGAGGAUGUCAACGAAGCGCCAUUCGAAAUCAAACUGAGCGGGUCUAAUACCAUUAAGGCUGAUUCUACGCCUGGUUUGAUUAUAGGAGAGCUUCAAGUAUACGACGAAGAUUUUGAUCAAACACAUGCGUUCAUCAUCAUUGGGGAACAUGCAGACCUUCUGAAGGUUACGGAUGACAAUGUGUUGGUUUUAAAAAAUGCUAUUCCAGAAGACACCAAAAAAUCAAGCGAUCCAAGCUUAAUUUUUGAAAUAGAAGUAUCUGAUAACGGGAACCCAGUUCUAACGUAUAGGCAAUUAUUUCAUUUACCUUUAACUCAAGAUGAUGUCUUAUAUGCUGGUCUUCCGGACCUUUUGUUUAAUGAUGUAAAAGUGUUGGCAACUCAAACGCAAGGGUAUAAUUUAGGAAAUCUUAUUGCCAACGAUAUGGUUAAGGAUAGUUUAGAAAUAUCUCUUGAGGAAAACUUUGAAGGACUGUUUAAAAUAAAAGAUCAUGUAUACUUGGCAUUAGCUAAAAAUGCUUCUUUAAUGACCACCCCGUCUGGAAUCAUUCUUGUAACACUAUUUGAUUCAGAAACACUGGAGUCUAAGUCUCAUAGAAUCAUUGUUGAAAUUGUUCAAAGUAGUACAUGUGAAACUAUAACGUGUGAACACAACGAGCAUUGUAUUACCUACAACGAAACACGUGGAAGCUGCGAGUGUGACGACGACUUUUCCAGAAUAGACAACACGUGCGUUUCCAAAGACGACUGUGAUGGAAUUUAUUGCCAGAAUAACGGCACUUGUGUUGAUCAAGUUAAUACAUUUGUUUGCAAAUGCAUCGGAAUUUACACUGGACAGUAUUGUGAAAUCGAUCCAGAAGUUGAUUCCCAGUGCAAUCCAAAUCCGUGUAAAAAUGGCGGAAUAUGCAUUCCAAAAUCAGACGAGUUUACGUGUUCCUGUCAAAACGGUUGGGCCGGCGAUACGUGCGCCGAAAAUAUUGACGACUGUCAAAUGGCCAUUUGUUACAACGGGGGAACGUGCAGGGAUCGACAACUCACUUAUAUUUGCGAUUGUACAUCGGACUGGAAAGGACUGCGAUGUGAAUAUCAUGAACAUAUUUGUCUUGAUAAAAACUGUAAUAAUACGCACGGAUGUAUUAGUCUGGCGCUGACGGAAACAUCAUUAUGUGCCGAAACGAAUAUAUACCUGGUUGCGCUUGAAUAUGUAAGACCUGAAGAUUUGGACAUCGAAGAAUUCCAAGCUCGUUUGGUAGAGUUUGUUAUAAAUUAUGGAAGAAUAGCAAAACACGGUUAUACAGGCAUUCGGAGGAGAAGAGAGGUGAUCGAAGAGAUUGAAGUGUACGUAGCUGAAUCUUCUGAAAGCCUCGAUGUAUUCACAUUUGAAUUGUAUGUUAUCAGAAGUAAACAUGAAGUGCUUACCAAAGAUGCGGUUUUGACUAUCCUUGCGUUCACGUGUUUGGAUAUCAACUCUGGAGAAUUAACAGAGGACUUGUUUUGUCCGGCGAUUGCUGAAGCAUAUUCUAGAUUACAUGAAGCUGACCCAAAGGCGUCUACUUCUUCAUCGGCAGGUCUUAUUGCAGGAGUAAUAGUUGCAGUUGCUGUGGUAGCAGCAAUAUUAACGAUUGUGAUGGUUAUAUUCAAGAAGAAAAAUCAAAUCAAACCGGAGGAGACGAGCUUAGACGCUUCCUCGAGGAACACCUAUGCAUCCAUGCCAAAGGAAGAUGUACAUACCGAUAAACGAUCUGAAGCUCAAACGUCAGUUUCGAAGUCUUCUGCCGAAAGGGCAGUAGACGAAUGUAUUGAACCGUUUACAACUGACCAUGAAAUGUUACUCGCCAACACAGAUUCUGGUUCAAAACCACCAACUAGCAGUUUCACAUGCGGUGACGUCCCUCAAACUUUGAAGAAUCAAGAUGAUACAAAUUAUCUCAAACUUACAAGUGCUAAAUCAGACAAAAUGCAUACUACUGGAAUUGGAAGUAGAACUCGGUAUACAAGUGAUUAUUAUAUUUUUCAAAGAAAUCGGGAUCAAGAAGUAACGCCGGUAGAAAUGACAGAGAGUAAAGUAUGAUCAAAGUCGUGUAACUUUGAGUUAUUUGUUAUGAGUGUUUUAAAUCACUGUGAAACUGCAGUGUAUACUAUUUGAACUUAACGGGUUUAAAGACAUUUGAGAGAGAAAAUGGACGAAAACUAGGAAAAAGGUAGUUGGACAGCCGACUCCUCUGACUAAACCCUUAACAUUCAGAACAUUUUUAUUUUCAUUACUGAAUACUGCAUUGUCCAAGAUAUUGUACAUACAUGUGUUGUUUAUAUGAAAUGAGUUUUAUUAACUAACUAUUGCACAAAUGCACUAUAAAUUGGCAAUAAUCACAUGAAAUAUAUUAUAGGUCUUCAUAACUGACCAACCGACAAUUGUCAAUCAAUCACUAAAAAGUCAACCAAU